AGCUUUUUUGGGGGGGAGGGGGGGUUGUUUUUACGCAGCCACGUUAAUGCGCAUCAGAUCUUUCAAUCACGCAGGCCAAUUUUCUCCCCUCCUCCUCCUCCUCUUCUUCCUCCUCCUCCUCCUCCUCCUCCUCCCUCCGCCACCGUUAAAUGGUCUAUGACGGACGAACACAGAAAUCAGCGGAAAGCAGCAUUGCUGAUGUCCCAUUGUUGACAAAUCCAUGAAACAACUCCAGUUUGCAUGGUUUAACAGAGAGAGAGGAGGAGAGGAGAGGAGAAGGAGAAGGAGGGUGGGAGGAGAGGAAGAGGAGAGGGGGCGUGUGUCGUCACUGAACCACGUGUCCUGCACUGAUAGUAUAUCUUAUACUGGGAAAAGUAAUCUAUCAGACAGUCCUUUUAAAAGCUCCGGCCUUUAAAAGCAGCAUGUGUCAUCUCGACUUGCUUCUCCAAAUAUCACUCCUAUAGGAAAUACACUCACCGAGAAGGGGACGGGGUCGGAGCGCGCAAACAUCUCCAAACUACUUCGAAGCAGCAGAGACUCGCUGCUUUCCACAGGUCUGCUCACUUACCGAGAGGAGAAAUAUUCGGAGAAGUUUCUCUUUUUGCCUUUUGACUGGCUUGCUGCCGGUUCAAACGCAUUUAGAUUUUUUUUUUUUUUUUUUUUUCUUGGAGACAUCCGAUCUCUUUGACAGGGGGGAGACCAGAAGUCCAAGCAGACCCGCCGAGUGUGUGUGUGUGUGUGUGUGUGCGCACUGACCGCGCUGGUUCCACCUUCCCAUCACACCCGCUCUGCUCGGUUGUUGUUGUUGUUUUGGCUCCUGGUAGACUUUUUUUUUUAAACAAAAACAAAAAGUGUAAGUAAGCCGUGAGAUGACCCUGUCUGGAGGCAGCGAAAGAGCCAGCGACAUGUCCGGUCAAACUGUGCUCACGGCGGAGGACGUGGAUAUCGACGUGGUGGGCGAGGGAGACGACGAGGGCAUGGAGAGGGUGGACAGUGACUGCGAUAGUCCGGGGGGAGGCAUCCUGCACGACCUGAGAGGGGAAACAGGCGACGAGGAGAUGGAAGAUGAGAUCGAAGUGGAGAAGGAGGAGAUCGGGUCCGGUGGAGGGAGUCCGUGCUGUGAGAGCUCCGGAGAGGGAGAGACGGGCACCGGGAAGGGAGAGGGUCAAGACCAGAGCGGAGCGGCGGGAGGUGGGAUCCAGAAACCCAAAAGCAGCCUGGUAAAGCCGCCUUACUCUUACAUCGCCCUCAUCACCAUGGCCAUCCUCCAGAGCCCGCAGAAAAAGCUCACCCUCAGCGGGAUCUGUGAGUUCAUCAGUAACCGCUUCCCGUAUUACCGGGAGAAGUUCCCGGCGUGGCAAAACUCCAUCCGCCACAACUUAUCCCUCAACGACUGCUUUGUGAAAAUCCCACGGGAACCUGGCAACCCCGGCAAGGGCAACUACUGGACCCUGGACCCCGCUUCAGAGGACAUGUUCGACAACGGCAGCUUCCUCAGGAGGAGGAAAAGGUUCAAGAGGGUUCAGCCGGACAUGCUCAGGGACCAGACCGCUCUCAUGAUGCAAAGUUUCGGCGCGUACAGCCUCGGAGGCCCCUACGGGAGACACUAUGGGAUCCACCCGGCUUAUUCCCAUCCGGCGGCUUUGCAGUACCCAUACAUCCCCCCUGUAGGUCACAUGCUGCCCCCGGGUGUCCCUCUCCUUCCCUCGGCAGAACUGAACAGAAAAGCGUUCAACUCGCAGCUCAGCCCGAGUCUUCAACUCCAGCUCAACAGCCUGAGCACGGCGUCCAUGAUCAAAUCCGAGCCUUCGAACAGACCGUCUUUCAGUAUAGAGAACAUCAUCGGGGUCUCCAGCGCCUCUUCGUCCUCACCGCAGGCUUUCCUGCGGCCUCCGGUGACCGUUCAGUCGGCCCUGCUGAGCGCGCAGUCCCUCUCCCUGACCCGGACCUCAGCUAUCGCUCCCAUCCUCAGUGUACCGUCAAAUAUUAUCUCUGGACACGUUUUACCGUCAGCGACGGCGGCGGCGGUGUCCAAAUGGCCUUCACAGUGACUUCAAAUGAAGAGAAAAUAAACUCUUAUUUUUAUACAGAGACAUUAUGAGCGGGGGAAAGUGUGAAGAGCACAAAUCAAUAUUAACACUGGACACUGUAGCCAUGUAAAGACUGUUGAGACACAGAGACAAAAAGAAAAAGGAGAUAUUUCUGUACAGGUAAUAUUUGUAAAUAUUUGUAAAAAAAAAAAAGAAAGAAAAGAAAAAGAAGAAGAAUGAUUUUACCUGUUUGACUUUUACCUGUCUUUUCUCUCCUUUGUUCCUGUUUGAGACCUGUGAUAAUUAUUUUACAUUUUGUUUUUGUAUCGGAAGCUCAACUGGACACAAUUUUUCGCUUCCUUUUCAUACGAGACACGAAAAAGCUCUGAAAAAAAAAUAGUCUGUUUAUAAUUAAAAAAAAGAUCAAAUAUAUGUAAUUCUAUGUAGCUCUAUUGUGUUGUAAACUGAAUUUAUUUGUAAAUAAAUCUAAGAAAGAAUUCAAAUCAAUUUUCAUUAUUAAGGUU